CCCUUGAACAGGUCUGGAGGCACCCAGCUCUCUCUUGAGCUGGGCCUGUUCAGGGACUGCAGGCCAGGGUGGGUGGUAGGGAGUUAAGAACUGCUUUUAACAACCAUGGCAUCAGGAAUAAAGUAUGCAUUUCGGCCCAAAGGAGCUCAGCGCAAGGAGGACGCGAUCCCCAAAAAAGGGAUUCGACGCUAUCUGUUUGAACUGAAACAGGGCAAUAAAGCGUUCUGGCUGUCGGGACACGCCUUUACAAAGAUUGUAACUUUGGUCUGCUUAAUCACUGCAUUAGACUACUUUGAAUCAAUGCUCCCACAUCCUGUUCUGGUCCUGGUCCUCAGUAUGGAAGUGGCAAUCUACAUAUUCUUCAUCUUCCUUAAUACCUUUGCCAUCAACCGGUACAUUACCUUCAUCUUCUGGCCUAUGACAGAUCUAUUGAACAGCCUGUUCUCCUGUGUGUUCCUCGCAGGCUCUAUAUUCUUUGCUUUCAAGGCUAGACGAACAUUGCCAAAGCCCUACUUAACCGCUAUGAUCUUCAUGGGAGUUGCUGCAAUCUCUUGUUUCCUCGAUAUUUUUCUUCAACUCCCACACUUCAGAGGCCUUCGGAGGAGGUAAUAACUGUGGCCUCUAUGACCUUUUUCAUCAUGGCACAAGCCCAUGAACCAUAUAUCGUUAUCACUGGGCUUGAAGUCACCAUCAUUCUCUUUCUCAUAGCCUUAUAUAUGUGCAGACUUGACAAGAUGGUGAGAUAGCUCUUUGGCCUUUGCUUGAGAAACUUCAACGUUAAGCCUUAACUACCUUUCCUGUCAUAAGACACCUUAGUCAACUACUUGGUACUCCUAAAUCUUUUAAGGUGAUCUCUGCUCACUGCUAAACAGUCCAUGAUGUACUUGGGGAAGGCUCUCAGGGAUUCAGGAUACCCACAGAACAUAAUUUAUCUUUACUGUAUCUAC